AUGACAUACAGAGAGGAAGAAGUACACUCUUUGCAGCCUAAAGGCCGUCCAAAGAAGUUAUGUUUUGUGACUGUCGGUGCUACUGCGUCUUUUAACCCUAUGAUCAGAGAGAUCCUACAUGAAGACUUUAUGGCUGCGCUUCAGACACACAACUACACCCAUCUAGUCAUCCAGUAUGGCCAGCAUGGAGGCCGUCUUUUUGACGAGUUUGUGAAAGACAAUGAGACCAAACUGCUGAACAAGUAUGGCCUGACUCUGACCGGGUUCGACUUCAAUAUCGAUGGGCUGAAGGGCGAGAUGUGUGCUGCCAAAGAAGACUCGAAAACAAACACCGCCGAGGGCCUUGUCAUCAGCCAUGCAGGCUCCGGAACAAUCCUCGAGGCUCUUCGAUUUGGUCUGCCUCUUAUGGUGGUGCCCAACCCUGACUUGAUGGGCAAUCACCAAGCCGAGCUGGCAAAGGAGCUGGCGUCUGCCAACUAUGUAGUACAUGGCCAGCUAGGGAACCUGGCCAGCGGUCUUCGUGAAGCAGAAGACUUCCGUGCAAGGCUUCAUUCAUGGCCUCCUAAACAUGCAGAUGCGGAGCCCAAGGGACUGGCCUGGGUGAUGGAGGAUGAACUUGGAUUUCUAGACUAA